AUGGGCGCCGCGGCCGCAAAAACGGAGAAACCCGCAGAAACGUCUCACGGAACGGCUCCUUCAAGCCAAGUCUGGUGGUCGAAUGGCACAUUCUUCAUCUUGGUCCACAUAGCGGCGCGGCCGGUAUGUGUGCCACGAAACACGCUGGUGCUCGCUGUGGUGCUGUGGCAGGCAGCGUCGAUGGGCAUUACCGUUGGUUACCAUCGCCUGUACUCGCACCGCGCGUUCCGCGCGACCCUGCCUGUGCGAAUGUUCGUGGCCGUUCUCGGAGCGAGCGCGUUCCAGGGGUCUAUCAAGUGGUGGUGCUUGCGGCAUAGAUUGCAUCAUCGAUUUACAGACGACCCACGUCAUGACCCGUACGCAGCAACGCGAGGAUUGCUGUGGAGUCAUAUGGGAUGGAUUUUCUUCAAAUCACAGUACGAACGCAUGGCGAGCAUUGACCGCGAUGACCUGGAAGACGACAUAGUCGUUCGGCUCCAGCACAAAUACUACGUGCCGCUCGCCCUUACCAUGGGUUUCUAUAUUCCGCCUAUCACCGGGAUGCUUUGGGGUGACCCAGUGGGAGCAUUCAUAUAUGGCGGGCUUGUAUCCAGGCUACUCAUAUGGCACUGCACAUUCCUUGUCAACUCUCUCGCGCACUGGGACGGGCUCCAACCGUACUCUGAUGAGAACACAUCGAAAUCUAACUUUGUGCUGGCUCUUCUGACCUGCGGGGAGGGCAAUCACAACUUCCAUAGUUUUCCGCAUGACUACCGUUCUGGCCCCUCCCCGUACGACUGGGACCCGUCCAAAUGGGCGAUCGCUCUGCUGGACUCCGUCGGCCUCGCGUCCAAUCUCCGAAGGGCCAAGGUGAAGAGGUGCUCGCCGCCCGAGAGCACAUGUCCCGUUCCUGCCCAUGAGGACGGCAGUUCCGAGAACCGAUGGACAGGCGACAUCUGGACGAAGGCGGAGCUGAACGAGUUCGUCAAGGCCAAUGCGCAGCGAUGCAUACUCCACCUUGGCGGCUACGCUGUGGACGUCACCGACUAUGUCGAGGAGCAUCAGUUCGGCGCUAGGGCCACAAGUCCCGAAGUCGAUACGGAUGUUUUGAAUGAGGACACACAUGACGCGAACUGGGCUUUCUUCGGUGGUAUCAACAAACACUCUCAAGCGGCGAGGAGGAGAAUGCGCCGGCUUCGCAUCGCCAAAGUGCAGUAG